UAACUCUUCUUUCUUUUUUUCCUUUCUUCCUUGGCUGCAGGUCCCAAGGGAAGAAAGAAGAAGCUGUAAUCUUACUGCGGGACUCCAUUAAGCACGGCCCAGAGUUUGCAGAUGCUUACUCAAGCCUGGCCUCGCUGCUAGCUGAACAGGAGCGGCUUAAGGAAGCAGAGGAGGUCUAUAAGGCUGGCAUAGAGAAUUGUCCAGAGAGCUCUGAUCUGCAUAACAACUACGGUGUUUUCUUGGUUGAUACUGGGGCUCCUGAGCGAGCUGUGUCCCACUACAGGCAGGCCAUCCACCUGAGCCCCACUCACCACGUGGCCAUGGUAAACCUGGGCAGGCUUCACCGCUCCCUGGGGCAGAACAAAGAGGCUGAAGUGUGGUAUAAGCGGGCACUGAAGGUAUCCCGGAAGGCUGAAAUCCUGUCCCCGCUGGGGGCUCUGUAUUACAACACGGGGCGAUAUGAAGAAGCAUUGCAGGUUUACAGAGAAGCGGCAUCGCUGCAGCCUUCAAACAAAGAGAUUCGACUGGCACUGGCACAGGUUUUAGCAAUGAUGGGGCGCACGAAGGAAGCUGAAAAGAUGACAAACCACAUACUCAGCGAGGAUGCAGGGUGUCUGGAAUGCUACCGCCUUCUGUCAGCCAUCUACAGCAAGCAGGAGCACUAUGCCAAGGCACUCGAAGCUAUAGAAAAAGCUCUUCAGCUAAAACCAAAGGAUCCAAAAGUCAUAUCAGAGCUCUUUUUCACUAAAGGAAACCAGCUAAGAGAACAGAAUCUCCUUGACAAGGCUUUUGAGAGCUAUAAACGGGCUGUGGAGCUCAACCCAGACCAAGCACAGGCCUGGAUGAAUAUGGGAGGCAUUGAGCACAUCAAGGGGAGCUACAUCACUGCCCGUGGCUACUAUGAGAAAGCCUUACAGCUGGUUCCAAACAGCAAACUGCUGAAGGAGAAUCUGGCCAAACUGGAUCGCUUGGAGAAACGGUUUCAGGAAGUCCAGGAGAAAGACCAAACAUAGCAUUCAGUCACCAGUGGAAAGAAACUCAUGCCCCUUGGAGAAGAGUAUGGUGGAAGCCUAUUGUUCAAAGUGACACUGAAGGAACUUUGAUAGGACUCAGAAUUACGGAAGGCAAAUUUUGUAUGCAUGCUUAUGUUUGACCAAAGUUACAGGAGACACUCUGCUCCUGUGGGACAUGCUGGAGAAUUAAUGAAAACCUUCCUUUAAUCAUAAUUUAUGUUUAGGCUGAACCCAUUUUAGUCACACUGGGAGUGUAGGUGGGACACAUACCUUCAAUAUCUUGGUUAUCACUGGGGAAACCAUGGAGACAAAGCACUCAUCCACUGCAGCAAGGGUGAAGUAGCACCUUCUGUCACUCAACACAGUCUCACUUCGUCCAUGUAAAGUAACACUGAUGGGCUUCAUUGCAAGAGCUGCUACUUCCUUCUGAGCCAGGAAAGAUGGUCAUAAUGGUCACAUAAAAAGGUUUCAAGGACUUAAUGCUGAGGACAUGGUGGCCACUUUUACAACUCUGAAUGUGACUUGAAAAUUAUUCUAAAGAAAGGGAAGACAAUAUCUGAAUAUCACCCUAGAAGGAUGAUUCUACAAGUAGGACAAAUGAUCCUCUGAGGGAAGACCUCACCUGAAUGUUUUAGAUAUAAAAUAGUAAUUUUUUAAUAAUUCAGGGUCAUGAUGUUGGUGUUGUCAAAUAUUGUAUGGCUUUACCCUUUGCCCUCUCCCUCCAGGCCAAAUAAUUAUUACUCUGAAAAAAAUUGAAGCAUCCAAAGGCAAUGGGAAAAUCCAAGUUUACUUGUCCUCCUGUCCAGUCCCCAG